AUGAGCACCCUCAGCCAGCAAGUUGACCAGUCACUACUCACUAUGGCCGAAAUAUUUGGAUCCGCGGUUGCAAGCGAGUCUGUUAGCAGAAUUUUCUCGAUCAUAUCAGGCAAUCCGAAGGAGCAUGGGAGCAGAGAGGACAACGCUGAGAGAAUAGAGUUUGCAGUGCUAAAGAUCCACAGCGUUCUUGGCGUCUCCGGAGAUUGGCAGAUACUCCACCAACCAUUGCUCAGCUGGAAGGCCAAACUGAAGUGCGCUGCGAAGGAAGGCGAUGUCAUCUUGCGCGCUUACAGGAGGAGGUCCACGGAGCGCCCACGGGUCGAGGGAACUGCUGCGAUCAGCCUGCAGGCUAUUUCCAUCGCCCGUAAGCGCAUCGCUCGAGCGGCGAAACGCUUCGUGCCAUUUGGAUUUGGCCGCGGCGAUGACGUCGACGCGGACCAGAUCAGCGAUGCGACGAUGCGGAGGUUCGAGAGGCUAGCGGGCGUCGCCGACGAGUUCUUCAGGUACGUCCAGUUCGGAGGCCGUCCAAGGACAGCCCUCUCGUCCUUCAAAGUCCCCACGGAGCUCCUGCUUGCAGGCAAGACACUUGAAUAUUCCAUCAGGAAUGGCAGCAUGGAGGCUCUCCUCUUGCUUCAUCCAUUCGAUGUCGGUCGCCGGAAAGAGAUAUUCCUCUUUCUCUCCUACGGGGACACCUCGUCGUGGCAGAAGAAUUUCAUACUCUCUGUGAGGUUCCGGCUUCUUACAUCUGACAUCUUGCACAUCGUCAUGUCCUCCUUGGAACUACUGCCUCCCCAGUUUGGUGCUGCCUGUGUAACCACAAGGGAAUUCGCCAGGGAGUUUCUCGCGCAGGAAACAAGAUACUCCAUCAACCCAUCGUCUAUGUCGACGUGGUGCAUCCACAUGUCACAGAGGUUUUACUAUGAUUCCAUUGAGAAGCCAAGUGCUGCCACCGGCGACAAGCUGCAGCUGCCGUUGCCGAUCAUUCGAGUCGAUGCCAGGUGCUUCACCUUGCCGCCGAAUGGCCCGUCACACACACCUGCAGAAGACGACCUGCCACUGAGACUGGUAUGCCAUGUCGAUCCCCACCUUGUGCCGAAGAGUUACUCCGAGCACUACGACCAGAUCGACCUAGAAACACUCCAAGAGCUGUUGCCCAAGGUGACAAAUGAAGGAGCGGAUGCGCGCAAAGGGAACUGGUGGUGUCCUCUUACCUCGACGUAUUUGCUUGUGGAACCACAGUUUUCGGUGCCACUGCCUACAUUGCAACAGAUGUACCUGUUGGAAAAUUCUGAAAGAGACGUGUAA